CAUAAAAAAUGCAAGCAAGUGCUGGUGCGCGAAGUGCGGCGGGCAGUGACCGUCCAUCGGUGCCGAGCGAGCGCGAGGCCGGUGAGCUUGGCUUGGAAGCCGCAUGUAGCCUGCGCGAGGCUGCGCAUCCCUCGUCGCCCCCUCCUCGCCUCCCGGGAGCCCCGUCCGGAGCCGCUGGCCGCUCGCAGCCCCCUCCGGCCGCGCUCCCUCUCCAAGAUGCAACAACGGGACCUUGUGCUGUGCCUGCUCUUCCUGGCGACGCCAUGCGUCGGCUCGACCCGCGGGCUCUUUCUCUUCGGGCAGCCCGAGUUCUCCUACAAGCGGUCCAACUGCAAGCCCAUCCCGGCCUCGUUGCUGCUGUGCCGCGGGAUCGAGUACCCCAACAUGAGGCUGCCCAACCUGCUGGGCCACGAGACCAUGCAGGAAGUUCUGGAGCAGGCGGGCGCCUGGAUCCCGCUGGUGCAGAAGCAGUGCCACCCGGACACGCGCAAGUUCCUCUGCUCGCUCUUCGCGCCCGUCUGCAUCGACGACCUGGACGAGACCAUCCAACCCUGCCAUUCCCUCUGCGAGCAGGUGAAGGACAGCUGCGCCCCGGUGAUGUCCGCCUUCGGCUUCCCCUGGCCUGAGAUGCUGGACUGCAGCCGCUUCCCCCAAGACAAUGACCUCUGCAUCCCCCCGGCUGGCAGCGAUCACAUCCUCCCCACGCCCAGAGAAGCACCCAAAGUCUGUGAUGCCUGCAAAAGCAAGAAUGAGGAUGACAAUGAAAUUGUGGAGAACCUUUGCAAAAAUGACUUUGCCUUGAAGAUAAAAGUGAAGGAGAUCGCCUACAUCAACGGGGACACCAAGAUCACCCCGGAAACAAAGAGCAAAACCAUCUACAAGCUGAAUAGUUAGCGAAAUAGAAAGGAUCUAAGAAAAAAAGAACAAUAUCUAAAGCUCAAGAGUGGCAACUAAUUAAUACCAUAAUGAUAAAGGAUGAAUGAUAUUAAUGCACCCUAUUUAGUCAUGGGACAGAGGAUGGCAGGAGAGCUGGUGAUCACCUCAGUAAAGCGGUGGCAGAAAGGCCAGAGGGCCUUCAAGAGAUUCUCGCGCAGCAUCCGCCAGAUACCGUACUAAGUGCGCCUUCUGGCGCUAGAUGCAUUUCGGUCGCCAGAGCACUCCCCUGUUUCUUGCGCUUCCUGCUUCUUCGGCCUAAAGCGCAGCCAGGCUUCGAAGAGCCAUUUUUAAAAAAGAAAGGGAGGUCAGUUUUGUACAUAUAGUAAAACUAUAAUUGCAAAAAUCAUGACUAUUUUUGUGACGCAUUAAAAUAUCUUGCUUAGAACUAGUUAUUUGCAUUGGUCCAGAACAUGACCAAAAGGAAGGUUUAAAAAAAUCUGUCGUUUUGGUUUUCUGUUUCGAACUAAUCUUUUUUAUUACCAUUCUAUCAUUGCUUUCCCACAUUUUAAUAGCAAAAGAAUGAGUGUGUCCCGAGAAUAAAAGAUUGUGGAAUUAUCAGGGUUCGAUGUAUGGGAUACAAUGUGGUCUUGCAAUUUUGGCUUGUCAUCACCGUGAGGACAGAAGUGAUCAAGAAGGAAGAGUUGCUUCGGUGAAAUUCGAUGGGAAAAAGAUGCUUAGCACAAUUUUUCCACUUUCGAUCAGUGCUAUGAAAAAGAGAGAGAGCUUGCAACUUGGACUCCUGCCCAAUUACUGCUCACAAUGCCAUGUAGAGCUAAGCAUGGUUAAGCCUAUUAAUUUCAAGUGGGCUUGAACAUGCUUAAGUUUCUGUUGGAGUGUGGCCAUUAUGAUAAUUUGGCUUUGAAUGUUAAACCUACUUUUCUCUCAUAUGGAGUGAUGUGCCAUCUAUUUUUAUACACUAUGCAAAAAUCCACUAUUGCAUGUGCUAAUUAUUAAGAACCUUCACCAAUAAAGGUAUAUUAA